GAUAGAGAGUUGACAAAAAAUAAGAUGAUUUUAGAUUUUGUUUUGCAAUUUUUUUGUUGUAACAAAAUGUUAUGCUUCUCAAUUAGACUGCAGAAACACAUGUUAGCACCUCAGCUUGUAGGUUUGCCACAUUGCCACUAGAGCUUGCCUUAAAAUAGGCUUACAAAAAAAAUACAAAGAAGGCGGAGAGAACAACGAAAACCAAUAGUGAAGCAGAUUCCUCCAUACAUGGAUUCAAUCAACAAUAUUAUCAACUUCGUGUUUCCUCCUUUAGCCUUGUACGGACUUUUCGUCUUCUACCCAAUAUACCAGAGGCUGAAGUCCGCCGUCUCCAUCUGCCGGAAUGUUUUCUCGGAAAAUGUCGCCGGAAAAGUGGUUGUAAUCACCGGAGCAGCAUCUGGCAUAGGCGAGGCUUUAGCAUACGAGUACGGGAAGAAAGGUGCGUACUUAGCCCUUGUUGAUAUAAGAGAUGAACCUCUCUUCCACGUGGCUGCUCUCGCUGAGAUCUAUGGGUCCCCUGAAGUCAUCCCCAUUGUCGCCGAUGUUUCUAAACUCCACGACUGCGAACGUUUUAUCCAAGCCACGGUUCUUCAUUUUGGCCGAUUGGAUCAUCUAGUUACAAAUGCAGGAGUUGCUCCACUCUAUUUGUUUGAAGACAUUGACGAUCUUUCCAAAGCUACGCCAGCUAUGGACAUAAACUUUUGGGGAUCUGUGUAUUGCACCUUCUUUGCUUCUUCAUACUUAAAGAAAUCUAGAGGAAAGAUUGUGGUGAUUGCUUCUGGAUGUGGAUACAUUGCUUCACCCAGAUUGAGCUUUUAUUGUGCAAGUAAAGCUGCUGUGAUUGCGUUUUACGAAACUCUAAGAUCUGAGUUUAGAUCAAAGGUUGGGGUUACCAUAGUAGCACCUGGGGUAGUUGACUCAGAAAUGACCCAAGGCAAGUUCAUGACAAAGAACGGACAACUCAUAGUGGACAGAGAGCUCAGAGAUAUGCAAAUAAGCUUAUUGCCAGUGGAAUCAGCAGAGAGGUGCGCUAAAGCGAUACUAAGGAGCGUGUGCAGAGGAGAUAGGUACUUGUUGGAGCCUGCAUGGAUCAGUUGUGUAAUACUUUGGAAAGUUUUCUGUUCAGAGGUAACAGAUUCGUUGGGACGUUGGCUAGUGAUGGGUUGACAAUGACGCAAGCAGCUCCAGACGAGAAGAUCUGUUGAUCCAGCCAACAACAAAUUACAUUGAGGGACAUUUGUGAACGGCCAUGUAUAAUCUACCAAAUAUAUAAAAAGUAUCACCUAUGAGUAACUACAGGGUUAUAUUUAGCAAAAAAUAAAAAAAAAAACUACAGGGUUAUAUAUCAUGUUCUGUA